AUGGCUAAAAAACUAGAAAUUGUCUGGGUAUUCCUUUUUCUCUCAAACCCAGUUCUAUCUCAGCUUGAUGAUUUCAUCUACGAUGAUUUCAAAGGUGUAGAAGGCAGCAAAAUAAGCCUAAAUGGCGUUGCAGAGAUCGAGAAUAAUGGUGUUCUCAAGCUCACUAAUGACAAACCCAACUUG